AUGUUGUCGAGCCGCCGCCAUAACAUUUUGCUGGCGCCCAAACUCAUGUUUAUUACCCGCAGCUCAACGGCGGAGCAGCAAAAAGAGGAGCUCCACGACGCCGUGCGACGCCACGAUUCUCUGGUGGCGGACAACCUGAAGCGGCGCAACGGCAGCGCCCAUGCGACUUACGAUGAAGAGGUCGCUGUGCAUUUCCCUGCGUUUCAGUUGGCAAUUCUUCCGCCCACGAACGGAGUGCACCGCGAGGGGCUUCGGGGGUCGCUUGCUACACAUGUCACUGAAGAAUUUAGACGGUUUCUUGUCCAGCCAUGGACGUCGGCGGCGAAACGACAUGUGCUUAUUGUUGGCUCUCGAAGCGUUGGAUACCUCCAAAGGCAGCUAGCGAUGGAUAAGGGUCAUAGUGUGUUCGUUGUGGAUCACGCGCUGUCGGCAUUGCUGGAUGCAGCCACCGCGCUGGUGCCACGGUACGGCCCGCGAGUGCAUUUUGUUCGCAGCGACGCACCAUUUUUGCUGCAGCGCCUCAUGCCGCCUACCACAGCCGAUGUGUGCGUCGUGCCGAUGCCUGUCCCUUUCUGGUCGGAAAGCGGGAGUUACCGACGUCUUGUUACGCGGGAAUUUCUUUGUUUGGUUCACAGAGUACUGAGGGUGCGUGAGGGUCCUGCAGAUCCGCGCGGAAUUGUCACUUUUACAGACACCGCACCACUCGCCGAGUUUAUGAUGGAGCAGCUGGAGGAGAGCCGACUGAUUGUCCCGUGGACGCGGAAGGACCCCGCAGAAAUUUAUGGCCGCUGGCUGCCGAUUCAGAGCCCGCCGGACCGCGAGUUUCAACAGCAGCGUUUGGGCGACGUCGUUGCGUGGGCCGCCUCGAAAAGCGGACCGACUUCAACGCAGGCCGAAGAGGCCGUGCAGUCCUUCGACUACAAACGGCGCUACUACCGUGCACUCUCUCGACAAGAGGCGUGA